AUGACGCCCACAGCUUGGUUGCUUGGAAAGCUUAAAUCGGCCGUGAUUCUGACAUAUGGAUUGGGUGGACUGUUGUUUUAUGGCCUUGUUGCUGUGAAACUGGGGUAUUUCUUCAAGCAGACUACUGAAAAGGAGGAGUUGGAGUUGAAGAUCGCGCGCAACAAGUUCUGGGACUUGUCCAAGGAUUGGGCUGGUUUUUCGCAUCAUAUACUUAGCCUGAAGAACGGGUUCAAGUUUCACUACGUUUGCAACGACCAAGGAGCCUCGGUGGAUCAGGAUAAACCUGUGGUUGUCUUUAUCCAUGGGUUCCCCGAUAGCUGGGCCAUCUGGCGCAAUGUUCUGAGCUCUUCGUCUCUACAGCAGUCUGCGACGCUCGUUGCGGUUGAUAUGCCUGGUUAUGGUGGGACUGAUAGCUUGGCUGAUUACUCGCCUACUAAUGUGCUCGAGAGUCUGACGGAGUUCAUCCUUGCGAUCCGAGCCAAAUAUGGCGUGGAUACGGAGGCUGGUAUGCGCCAGAAGAAGCUGGUAGUUGUCGCGCAUGACUGGGGUUGUGUAGUUUCUAUGCGACUUGCGGCUGAAGCUCCUCAGUUGGCGGAUCGGUUUAUCUUGAGUAAUGGGCCGUUGCCUGCACUUGCCACGUCCAACAUUAGUCGUCUGCUGUCUGCAUCUGGUAAGAUGUUGAAGACGGCCUCGCGCUCGCCGAUCCAAUCGCGUUCGAUGAUUUACAAGGCCUUCGCCACCAUGAGCCCCGUUUAUCGGCAAUUUUUCAAGUCCAAGUACAUCUUUGCUAUGCAGCUGCCCAUGCCUUUCGUUCGGUUUUUUGGAAGGGGUGGAAAUUAUUCCUUCCUGAAGCUCAUCCACAGAGGCUCCUACGGAAAGCGGGAGUAUACGUCUCAGGAUGCUGCGGAGUGUUUUGCUAGCUCCUUGGGUCCGUCAGUUGCAGAAUCCAGGACUCAGACCGCUGAUGGCGAGCAAUAUCCCGAGUCAUUGAAGAAUGAGCGCGCACCGUCGAGCUUCCAGCACAUGGCCUGCUAUUACAGAGAUGGAACUGCUUAUGCGCGUUGGGACAAAUCUGUUGAGACGAUUACUGCCUUGCACAGCAUCGCGAGCGGUAGCGGUGCCCGUCGUGCCAGCAGCGGGGCUGGGCUGUUUGAUGAAGGACCCAAGGGGGCCCUGAAAGCUUGUGCGACCGUUAUUUGGGGCAAGGGAGACAUUGCCUUGGAGCCGCAGAUCUGCUUGGAUGGCCUCGCCGAUUACCUUGUCGCAGACAGUCAGUUGGUCGAGCUUCCACUCUCGGGCCACUUCACUCCGAUGGAACGGGAGAGCCAGGUUGCCUUGGAAAAGGCGGUUGAGUGGGCUGUCAAGGGCGAGAAGGAGGACAUCGGGGCGGUUAUGAAGGCUUGCUAUCCAACGGCUGUAGUGACUCUUCGGAAGUGA